AACUUUGCAGCUGACAGUUGGUUUGCAAUUUUACAUCUCGAAUCGAGCCCUCGUAUAAAUUUGGUUUAGCGUGAACCAGGUUCGUCUUUUGCUUCUGAUGUAUUCGUCGCGGGCCGUUUCGCUCGUUUGUGUGCAUUAACAGGCUCGUGCGUUCACUUCCACUUGCGUGCCGUCAUUGACUGUCAAGCUCUCGUCGUUUUCCCGUUGUUUGCGGCACUUGGGAGAUUCAAGGUAGCAAAGCGUAAUUGCCAUGUCAACACCAGCUCAUUCUGCGACUCCGGAAACCCGUUUGGAUGCUCUGGAGUCGUCGCUGCUUGUGCUUUCACAGAAGAUGGAGACGCUGCGGCCACUGCUACAUCGCGUCCUUGAGAACAGCCAGGCUUUGCAGCUUCAGCCAGCUGGAGGCAUGCCAGCAGCCUCGUCCUCUACAGCCUCCUUUGGGUCGCAGUUCCUGCACAGCUUCUUUGCCGAGGAUGAUGAUGAGGGAGGUGGAGGUGACAUCUCUGAAAUCACUCAGGAGAGCCAGUGGACGGGGGAAGAUUUUGAUGCUAGCCGUCCAGUGGCGCCCUACAUCGGUCGCUUUGUGCGUCGAUGCUGGCAGGCUCGGGGGCGAGCGGGCCGCUGUCGCAAGGCUCGUUCAGCCUACCCAAACCCAAACUUGCCUUUCUUGAAGGUGCCUCGGCUGAACCCCGAAUUUGAGGGCUACAGUCGCUUCCGGGCUAUUGGCUUGGAUCGGGGACGGGACCAAUCUCUCCGCUGCAUGCAGGCGUCGGUGAUGGGAGCAGUUGGGGCCCUGGUGGAUCUUCUAGACUGCUGCGAUCGCUCGGGUCCUCAUGUGACUCGACAGGCUGUUGCUGAGCGGACAGGGGCAGCACUGGCCCACCUGGGCCAGGCAUUUGAGUCCCUGUCGGAGGAGCGCCGCAGCUCUGUGCUCAAACGAGUGGCACCUGACCAGCGGCGGCUGCUUGACGGCCUUCGCCCAGCCGGCGUGGGAGAGGCUGAGCUGUCGACAGAGUUUCUGUUUGGACCGAGACUACGCGACCGUGCUGCCAAGAGCUCCGAGAUCAUCAGUCUAAUUCACUUCCUGCGUGCCCGUGGCCGUCGGCUCGAGGAACAGUAUCAACGGCAGAACGGCAAUGCAGUUCAAGGCCCCAGGCGGGAUGCAUCGCGACGGCGGCCUCGGACUCACUUUGGCGCCCCCAUUAGACGACGAAGGACGUAAUUACCUGCUCGGUAGCCCUGGCCAUCGGGCUCAUCAGGACUUCAACUGUGUAUGACAAUAAAAUGUAUUAACUAUUUGUA